GUCGAGACGUCACAUUUAUUUUUAUUUUCCAAAUACAAAAACUUGAUAGUUGCGUGUAUUUGAUAAGUUUCUAACUUAUUUAAAUUUGUGGGUAAUUACGAUUUACUAAUAAGAAUUACCACUGAUAUUUUACUUCCGUUAACCAGGGUCGCGUAAAUCCCCCGCAGCAAAUCAAGUGUAAAGGUGUUGAUCUAAACGUCUGUCUACUAUUUGCCCAUGUGAACUCCAUCUCGUAAAUAAGUUCAAGUUCACUUCGAUGACAGGAUGAACUUGUACAAUAAUCUUUUCAAACCUUGCAUUUAAGGUCAACUAUUACCAUAAAUUCAGCGAUAAACUUUUGUAAAUGAACAGAAACUUCCACAAAAUAAUUAAGUAGGAGUUAAAUUUAACAUUGAAUUUUCAAGAUUUUCAUCCUCACGUACUCAUUUUUUUGCAAUUUAAGUGAUAUACAGAUGCAGGACCUUCACGUUUUGCAGAUUUUCAAGUACAACAAGAAAAUAAAUUCGUAGAGGGGAAGUUCUUAUAAAAAUCAAUAGCACACUAGUUUCUUCAAAAAAACUGUGCUUAGUUUUGUAUUGAAAGUGUUUCAAAAUGCAUUCCAAAGUUCUCUUAUGUGUGAUGUUUCUAGCGGUGGCUUACGCCCUUCCACUAGACAAUGAAGAACAACCAUCCGUUCGGCAAAUCCGUUCGCCCCAUUUAUUCAACAAGAAGAAGCCACUUCUAGGUGCUUUAUUUGGAGGUGGUAAUCAAGGGGGCGGUCACUACACGCAACCCGUGCAUCAUCCCGAACCUGUACAUCAUCCCGAACCUGUACACCAUCCAGAACCUGUACACCAUGGAGGAAGUUAUGCUAGUAGUUCAGCUGGAAGUUCUGGACAUGGGUCACAAAGCCAGAGUCAAUCCGCCGCGUUUUCUUUUGGACCAUUUUCGGGAUCCUUGUCCCAGAGUCAGUCUCAAGGAUCAGGAGGCGGCGGCUUCUUCGACUAUUAACUGACUGAAUAUUUUCGUUAUUUAUUUAUUAGUAUUUUAAUGUUUAAUUAAGUUUUUAAUAAAGUUAUAUAACCCUA